AAUUAGUUGUUCCGGCACUUGAAGUUUUUGAAAAAGUUUCUAGGUGUCAUUCCGAAUCGAAUGACACCUGGAUCACAAUUUUCGGAGAAGGUGAACAGAAAAUCGUAAAAAUGGUACAUGUUGACUAGACUAGAAGGCUGUUACAAGGGCAUGCGUCGUACAACCCACAUUUCAGCAAUGACGAGCCCGCCAAUUUCAUGGUGUCUCAUUGUCAGCCAUGUUGGACUUUCCAGCAGACGACACGCAGUGAGCGCUGCUUUCGUGAGGGUCAAUGAAAAGGAAUCGCUGUGCAGAAGCAAACUCUGUGAAAAAUAUGCAGUGACCACACCGGGCUCUCUCGUCUAAUUACUACCUUCCGACGCCUCGUACUCCAGACAUCGAGGAGGCGCCGUGUUCUUGCAUACUUUGUGCCCUCGGGGUGCUCGUGUCUGCCGGUUCUCGUUGGGGGUCGAAUAAUCAGUGGAUGACACGUUGAAGUUGACGGAUCAUGUCGUUUUUUGUAGACAUAGUGACAGAGGAUUCGUUCUACGAAAAUCUUACACUUGGAAUAAUCAAAAUCCUGGAGGGCACGCCCUGUGUUAAAAACGUUCAAGUUGAAAGGCGCCUGGGGUGCGACAGAAGCGCCCUUGCAACCUGGGAACAGAGACACUGUUGCGUAUUCCCCGACGAUCUCAGAAACUUUUACGCCUCUGUCGACGGAUUCCUGCUGACUUGGUCCUUCGAAAUAUCAGGGGAGGAGUUUCCGCUGGGACGUUUGGAAGUCGGCGCUUUAGCGGAGCUCAAGCGAUUCGUUGGAACAAAGGAACAACAAUCCGAGGCGGAGGCCAGUCUUCCACAGAAUUCCGACGUCCCUUCACUCAGUUCGAAAUGCAAGCUCUUCGAACUCGGCCAGUGCGGGCCCAGCAAGGUCUAUCUUGCCUACACUGGUUCGGAAUCAGAUCCCGGAAUUUGGCUUCACGACGAAAAGUCCGCGCGGUGGUUCCAACUCGCGGAUAAUUUCACCAAGUACUUUCGGAUGCUACUCGUACAUCUCGGACUGCCAUUCUGGCAAUAUUGCGCAGUCGGAUUGCCCACACCCACCUGGGUAGAGCAGGUUUAUCUGCUCGUCGGACCGCAUCUUCUUCCAACAACGGUUAAACCCUUGCAGUCCGUUUCUACGACACUCUGGAACGAAGGUCCGUUGAACUCUGUCGACCCUGCUAUUUUCAAGAGCAAAGAGAACAAGCAGAGGAACACCAGGAAGAAGUGAAUUUUUUAUUCGACACGUAAGAUGAAAUUCAGACAACAAAUCUCGCGUUUACGAUACAAGGGCUGACAAUGAAUCCUUUUUUCUCCUUUCUUUCUAUUUGUUAGUCGAGUCCGUUCAUACCUCGUCAUGGUUUAUUUCACUCGAGUCGUGGUCCUACGUCCUCUUCCAUUCAGAACGAACCAAGUACGUACGUACAGUACAGUUGUAUUGCCAUACUGCUGCACGCUGGUCGAUCUGGCCUUUCGAUAUUUCUUCCCCGAAUUGACUGUUUGGUCUGAUUGGCACGGGAUUUUGCGUAAAAACUUGGCAUAUAAAUUGACAGAUUGCGCAGUAGGUACUUGCGGCCUGGCGGGCAUGGCGUCUUCUCUAUAAGGAUUUAUCUUUUGGUAUUAUUCCGCGUGAGUUUUUCUUUCAUUUUAUGAAGAUUCAACCGCUCAUAACAAAACAAAAGAACUAUCCGCGGUACCUCGUGAUCGGCGGUAAGAUAGAUACAACGACUAGCGUUGUAACGUUUUCCCCUGGAUCGGAGCCUGUGGGGAAGUGUGGUUACAAUGGGAAUUUAGGACCUUCUGAAUGGUUUCAUGUUUCAUCUGUAACUCGGA